CAGCUUUUCUUCUUCUUACAAUUAGGUUACAGUUUCGAUCGAAACGAUGUCGUCUAGGAGAAGACAACGCCAGACGACGACGACCGACGGAGCCUCCAAAAUAACCGACGACCAAAUCAUUCAACUCGUCUCCAAAUUGCACGAAAUUCUUCCCGAAAUCCGCACCACAAGACGGCGCUCCGACAAGGCGUCAGCGAAUAAAGUGCUGCAGGAAACUUGCAAUUACAUACGAAGCCUUCACAGUGAAAUGGACGAUCUGAGCGCUCGCCUUUCGCAGCUGAUGUCGGCUGUAGACAAUGACAGCCCUGAGGCUGCCAUCAUUAGGACAUUAAUCUAAUUAUUAAUUAAUUAGUUAUAAUUUAUGUAGUUGAAAUUUAACGCCCAUUGUUGUAACUUCUUACCUCGGCUGCUGCACCUGCACUGCACGUGCUUUGUUUUUUUUAGUAUUGGGCCUUUGGGCUUAUGAAUUAU